AUGACCUCCAAUUCUAGUUUAUCCAGUAUGCGACGGCUGGUGGAGCAGCUGAAGCUUGAGGCCAGUGUAGAAAGGAUCAAGGUGUCGGAGGCGGCUGCUGAGCUGCAGCAGUUCUGUCUACAGAAUGCAGGCAGGGACGCUUUACUGGUGGGCGUCCCCACAGGAAGUAAUCCCUUCCGAGAGCCACGAUCCUGCACGGUUGUGUGA